AGCACGGAGGAGGUAUUGUAACGUAACGGUGCCGAACCAUCUACGCCGACGUCCGCCAUAACGCUUUGACUACGCACUACCAGUACGGUACGCAAUCGCAGACACGACCAUGUCGUUCCGCGUCUAUAUAGUUUCCUGCGUCCUUAGUGUAUUGUUUACCCGGUCUUUUUCCUUAACAACUACGAACAGAGAGUCUAGACCAAAUCAUGACCGAGUUGUGGCGUGUUACGUUUCCUCCUGGGCGACAUACAGGUCGGGCCAUGGAACUUUUAACAUCGACGACAUCGACCCAACGCUCUGCACUCACCUUAUUUACGCCUUCGCAGGGCUUAACACGACUGAUAGCUCUAUAAGGAGCCUUGAUCCUUACAACGAUCUUCAAGAAAACUACGGUAAAGGUUCCUAUAAAAAGAUGACUGAACUAAGAAAGAAAUAUCCUCAUUUAACUGUGAGCAUCGCAAUUGGUGGUUGGAAUGAAGGUUCUUCAAACUACUCCAAACUGGCGGCAGAUUACGAGCGAAGACGUCUGUUUGUUGACAGUGUUGUAAGAUUUCUAAGGAUGCACGAUUUCAAUGGCUUUGAUUUGGACUGGGAGUUUCCCACCAAGCGGGGCGGCGCCCCAGAGGAUCGUGAGAACUUUGUCAAACUUGUUAAGGAGUUACACAGCGCAUUGAAACCAGAGGGUUGGAGUUUAACUGCAGCACUGGGGGCAGGCAAGGAUGCUAUGGAGACGGGAUAUGACCUACGAGAGCUGAACAAAUACCUGGACCAUGUACAUCUCAUGUGCUACGACUAUCACGGCAAGUGGGAUAACACGACCGGAGCAAACGCCCCGCUACACUCCAGCAUCUCUGAUGACGUCAACACUGUGGAAUACAGUGUGAAUUACAUGCUUCGUAAUGGAAUCGAACCGCACAAACUGGUAUUGGGUUUGCCAAUGUACGGCCGAACUUUCAAGACGCAAUCACCAAACAGCGACAAGUUAGGUUCUCCAUCUCUCAACGCUGCUUUCAGUGGUCCUUACACUCGAGAGGACGGUUUCAUGGGAUUUAAUGAGAUAUGCACUGAACUCAGUGAACCUAACUCUACUUGGAAAAAGCUUUGGGAUGAAGCAUCAUUAACUCCGUUUGCUGUCAGUGAAGAAAAAGUCAUUGUAUAUGACGAUCCUCAGAGUUUGAGGCACAAGGUUAAAUUCGCCAUGGAGAAACAACUGGGUGGAGUAAUGAUCUGGUCUCUAGAUAUAGACGACUUUAGGGGAUUGUGUACAACCCAGGAAGGAGAAAAACACAAGUUCCAACUGUUACGCUCAGUCAAUGUGGCUAUAGAGGAAACCUUGAAUGAAAUUGAAACGGAGAAGAAGAAUGGUAAAAAGCAGGACACUUCAGGAGACCAAGAUGAAAACAACAGUUUGGAGCCAAGUGGGACUUCCACUAGAUUCAUUUCGACCACGCUACUUUUGGCUGUAUUCAUUGUUCAUAAUGUUUAUUGACCCUGAAUAAGAGAACCAUUUGUGAUAUCUGUUAGAAUUAAUCAACUCUGGACAUCUAAAAUUGUAAUUGAAUAAGAAUUCUCGAUGGAACCAAAUAUAACAAAAUACAAAUUAAAUAGUCAACUACUUUUAUGUGGUAAAUAAUUCUUUGUAAAUUAUUCCAAAAUGUGUUAUACGGUAAAAAAACCAUCACGAUGAUAUACUACAUUGUUUAUUUUAAUUUAACAUAGUUCAAACAAAAAUAAUAUUUAUCUAUAUUUGUUUAUAAAACACAUUUACAUUACAGGAUAGUCUUGGUAUCUUCAGAUUUCUUUGUACAAAAGUCAGCAUUCUGGUAAAAACUAUUUCAUAGCAAAAGAGGGAAACAACGCUUUUCACACAGCAAUAGCAGAUUCCGGAGUCAUCCAACAAAUAACAUUUAUCUGUGGUUGGGUUUCUUAAUGCACCGAUAAGACUACGCAAUACAUCAAUUCCUUAACCUAUACAGGCCUUGUGCUC